CGAGGGGGACGUCACUUCGCGAUAACACACUAAAACGCACAAAAACGAGCUCGAAAAGCAUCAACGCUACUCAUCGUGCCGAGUUUUCACAUAACGCCACCUCAAAGCAAGUUAUCGCAAGUUAACGCGCGUUAAAGCGAGUUAAAGCAACCACAGUCUGCUCGACUUUCAAACCAAGGAAAUCUAUCUUGCAACCUUGCCGUCGAGCAGUUUUUGGUCAUGUUUGGCAACUCGGUAUUUGUUUUGGUUUUUUUCAAGCAGUUUUGACAGAAAAAAAAAACAAGGCAAAACUGCGAUUCGGCGGUCGGCGUGGACAAUCCGGCGGCAAAGAUCCUGGUGGAGAUGAGUCGCUUCCAGAACGACGAGGUUGGCGGUGGAACGACUUCCGUGACGGUGUUGGCUUCAGAGUUGCUGCGCGAGGCGGAAAAGUUGAUCGAGAAAAAGUUGCACACGCAGACGAUUAUCGCCGGGUGGAGAGCGGCCACGCAGGUUUCACAUUCGGCGCUGAUUGGCGUGGCUCAGGACAAUUCUAAGGAUGCGGAAAAGUUCCGAGAGGAUUUGAUGAACAUUUCCAAGUUGGCCGUCGAUGCCGUGAUGCGGUUGAAAUGAUCCGGGAAAUAGACCGGCGGUUGCUUGGAGGAUUCGUUCCUGGACAAGGGUUUCCUGCUGGACAAGAAGCAUCAAGAACGCAAAGAUCUUGAUCGCCAACACGCCGAUGGUCACGGUCAAGAUCAAGGUUUUAGGAUCGAGCAUCAAGAUGAGGUCGCCAAAAAGAAGAAGAUGAAGGACAAGGUGACGACCCGGACGGUUCGUCUCGGCCGUUGCGAUCUGUACCGUCGUAAUCCGUGGGGCAACCCAGCAGAUCAUCGACGAAGCGGAUCUUUCGCUGCAUGACGCCUUUCGCGUGCUGGCCGCGGAAACGUCCGGUAAGGAAUCGAUGGCUAUGGAAGCGUUCGGUGGCGCUCUGCUCUAGCUGCCGACGCCGAUCGCCGACAACGAAGAGUACGAUUCCGUUUGUAAUGCUCAGCUAAACGAAGAGUGCACGUGUAAUCCACGUGACCAUCGAAGAACGAUGCAGCGAUGGCAGGACCUGGAAAUAGUUCGGGUGCAAAACGGCGCUCAAAACCAAAAAAAAAAUCUGCCGCGAUCAAGAAGCCGCUGAUGCCUACUAAUUCCAGGAUGAAGAUCGAGCGCUGCAAAAGACGUUCUCGCAGAUCCGCAGCAUAAUGAUCACACUGGACAGCCGGAUCAUGCUGCUGGAGGUGCUGAAGCAAAAAUUUAACGAAACAACGAUUGUUUCUAUUAAGAUGAGCAAAACUACUAGUCAGAUGAGUUUUAGAUAUAGUUAGAAUACUUUAUUCACAUGAACUGUAAUAGAGACUUUAAUACUACUUAUAAAUAUAUUUAAAGUAACACUUUUUUAAACGAAA